AUGUUUUCAAUCAUAUCAUUAUUCUUGUUCCUUCAUCUUAGUCUCUUCUCGCAAGCUCAACUCACCGGCCCAGUCGGUGCAACCACUUCCCUCUCCCAAAAAACCACCGAAUGCAAUAUCCUCACUCUAAACCCCUCCUUCAACCCCCUCACCGACGAUGUCUCUAUCCCCAUCACCAACACCUUCACCUCGUGCGUUCAAAAGCAUGCUGGCAGUCGUCUUAUUGUCCCUGCUGGCAAUUAUACACUCCAAACUAGUAUCGUCUUGAGUAAUGCGACGAAUUGGGCUUUUCAGCUCGAUGGUCUGAUUACGGCGGUUUAUUAUGCUAAUUCCACGGGGUAUGAGGUGCCGUAUGUUGUGCCUAGAUCCAGGAUACUAGAGGGAUUUGCGGGGGUGCAGAACUUAAAUAAGUAUGUAAUGCUCAGGGAAGUUUUGGAUGAUAAGGAUAUGGGUGUUGAGGAAUCGAAUAGUACUAUUAAUGGGGAGGGCGAUGGGAAGUUCUUGCAGAAUCUCAUUGUUAUCAUUAAUGCCGUCGAUUUCGAACUCUACUCCUCAAAUGGUCUUGGAGCUAUCCAAGGACAAGGUUAUCUGUACCGUAUUUCUGGAAAGUCAGUCAUUUAUUUAGCGUCUUCCCACUCCCUCGAUCAAUACUCCUUCCUAUACCUAACACCUCACCCUAGCACAAAUCGUCCUCGGAUGCUCCGUCUCAUCUCCCCCAUAAAUACGACAGUCCACGAUCUGCUCCUCAUCGACAGUCCCAAAUUCCACUUUAUAUUUGAUUUUGCCGAAAACAUCGAAGUAUAUCAUCUCACGAUUCGUGGUGCUAAUUUGGGUUCUUAUGAUGGCAUUGAUGCUAUUGGAACGAACUACUGGGUUCAUGAUAAUGAGGUAACAAAUCGAGAUGAAUGCGUAUCUGUCAAAAGUCCCUCGCACAAUGCUCUUGUGGAGAAUCUCGUUUGCAACCAAGUGGGCUCUGGGAUAUCAAUUGGAAGUCUAAACGUUUCGGCCGAAAUAUCAAAUAUACACGCCCGCAACAUCUCCGUCCUCGGCGGCUCCGAAAUCAGCUUCAUCAAGACCUACCCCGGCGGUUCCGGCUACGUACGCAACAUACUCUGGGAGAAUUUCCGGACCAAAGCUUCCCUCUACGGCAUCAACCUCAACCAAUACUGGCAACAAACCUUCACUCCCGACAGUGGAGCCGUCAUCCUCAGCAACAUCACUUUCCUCAACUACAGCGGUAGUAUCGUCAACGGCGCCAUUCGUCCCGCUCUCUAUAUGCUAGCGUCAGACUAUGCGCCUGCGACAGAUGUCACAGUGAAGAACGUGAGUGUGUGGACGGAAAGUGGGGAGGAGGUGCGGAAUCAUAUUUCGAAUGUUUUUGGAGAGGGCGAUGAUGUUUAUGGAGUGAAUAAUGGGUUGAGGGUGGUGAGUGAGGGGGGAGAUGUUAGGACGGAGACGUUUACGAGUACGGUUACGGUUACGAGGGGGCCGGUGGAGUGGGCGUCGCCUACGUGGCCGAGUUGGGCGGUGCCGACUACGGGCUACCGAUCCAAUUCCAGUUUAUACGCCAGCGCCGCUGUGGAAACCGCAGGGAGAUUAUGA